AUCUCUAGAUUUAAAUUAACGUCAAGAAACGUCAAAACUCGAAUCAGUUAGCAAGAAAUCAAAAAAAAGAUAAUAAAAGUGAUUAGAAUGAAAGAUCAAGAUCAAGAUUCAUCACUCGAGGUCUCCUGGGUUAGUGCCAACGGGAUGGAGGAAGAAUUAGGCACAGUGGCAUCAAUACACGAAAAAAAUGACCAAGAAUUUCAAAGUCUUCUAGAUGCGAUUGAGAAAUCGAAUUUGUUUAAGAUUCCAGAUCCGAUUGAAAAAGGCCACUUUAACAAAGCCAAACAAUUUUUUUUACAUGAGCAACAUAAAGUUACAAAGUCAUUAGAAGCUGUUGAUGAUGAAUACAAAUCCCUGUUAAAUCGAAAAAAACAACUACAGCAUGAUAUAGAAGAUAUGAAGAAGAAGAUCGAAAGUGUUAAUGCAGAAUUAGACGAAUGUGGACAAAAGGCAGAGAGUGUUAAAGUGAAUUACAAGCAACAACUGAAGGCCUUAACCGUCGCCAAAGAAAAGUAUGAAAAGAGUUUCAACAUUCUUUUAAUUGCUGAAGAAGAAAAUAACAAUAUCCUUAAAGCAACUAUUAGUUUUGGCGAAAAUAAAAAUUUCCAAUGUGUUUUAUCAGUUAAUCGUGAGCACAAAAAGAUUUUGGGUGUUGAGAGUAAAUUUCUCCAGCAAAAAGAAGUGGAAGAUAUGAUGGAUGCGUAUAAUCAGACAAACAAUGCUGCGACCUUACUGUGUACACUAAAAAAGCUAGCUUUAGCUAAAUCUCAUUGAUUCUUUGUAAAAAUACCACUGUAAAUAAUUAAUUAAGCGAAAUGUACUGUACAUAGUUUUUUCAUAAAUAAUUACCAGCAAAACAUGUUA